UGUCCUUCACCAACCUGGUUAAUAGGGACUUUAUGGAUCUAAAGGUCCGAUCCCUCCCAGGUACCGUGGACGACCAGAGUCUGGCCAGUGACGGAGCCGACAGCGACCGCUUCAGUGGGAGUGUCUCCAGCUUCCUGGCCAAUGAGAAGCUCAUGUCUGUGGACAGCAUGAACAGUGAUGUCACAGAUGACGACGUGAACGACCUGCAGGAUGAAGAUCUGGACCUGUACUUAAACCAGCUGGUGAAUCCUGCCAUGCAGAGAGGACGGGUGGAGGGACAGGAGAUACCUGAUGCUAACCAGCCAGCCAACCAAGACUAUUCAUCUCAGCCCGGUUCUACAGAACCACAGAAGAACAGAUACCAGUUCCUGGAUGACUAUGAUCAGGGUUUCCAGAUGCCUGACGUGCGGCUGGCUGCUACAGGGAUGGACUCGUGUCCUGGCAGUGAUGAGGAGGACACUGAGGAUGAGCUGGAGGCAGCUAGGAGACACACUUCUACCAGACACAGACUCCUGCUGUCCAGCACCUCCCGACAGCUGGUGGGGGAGAGCAACCGUCCCAGCUUCAGACCUGGGCUGGAGGGAGGCAGCUCUGACGAAGAAGUUUACUCUGGUCGUAACCCUCUACCUGGGUUAGAACACAGAUACUCUGCGGAGGGCCAAGUCAUCAACACUGUAACAGGAGGAGGAGGAGAUGGGAGCAGUGGGAGUGAGGAGGGAGGGAACGAUGGCGUGUCCACUCUACCCUCCUCCUCGGCCCAGACCACCUACGAUGUGCUGCGGGGGCUGGGGAUCCUGGGGGCCAGCGUGCCGGGAGAGAAUGCCCAGGACCCUCACUCUCUACUGGGGCUGAGCCGGGGCAGCCUGAUGGGGGACCGUGUGGGGCCGGUGGGGACUGUAGAGACCAGCGCUGGGCCCCAGAGGAUGUCCCCUGUCAACUGGAGUAUGGCCGUAGACAGACAGGGGGCGCUGGAUGCCAUGGACAGUACAGAGUCUACGGUGGCAGAGGAGGGUCAAGGUGUCUUGGAUUCUAUAUAUCUGAGGACUGGUGCUGGACACUGGAGACCCCAGGACAUGACCUCUCACCUCCAGACCACACAGAGCAGCUUCCACCUCUCUCAGGUGCUUCCUUCGCUUAGUGAUGAUGAGGAGGGGAGGGAGAGGCCUGCUGCCCUGGGGCCAAGAGGAGGUCCAUGUGGGGACUCCUCUGCACCUCCUGGUCCUCCUGACCUGUCAGACACGAGUCAGGGUGAGAAGGAUCUCCUCUACAUCUCUCUGGAAGCGAAGUACCUCUCUCAGAGCUUCCAACAGGAGGACUCCUCUCACUCUGACAGCGACUGGAACCACUGUCCUGAUAACCUGGACUUCCAACCGGCCUCUCACAGUGUGGUCUACCAGAACGAGGAGGGGAAGUGGGUGACUGAUCUGGCUUACUACUCGUCCUUUGAGAAGGAGGUGGAUGGAAACCAGCUGCCGGAGGUAGCAGACCAGUUCCAGGCUGAGGACUUCGUUCCAGGCAGUAACGCCAUAGAGAAGAUCAUAGAAGACCAGAAGGAGUUUGAGAAGGAGAACCAGUUCAUGCAAGAGGAGGUGAUGGAGCCUGCCUCCACCAGUCCAGGUCUCCUAUCUGACACGUCCUGGAGACUCCCAGCCAGCAGCCACAUCCUGAUGAGGGCCAGCCAGGUGUCCCAGGAGCUGGACAGAGGGAACCAGAGCUACCUCCGUCUGUCUCUAGGGACCUUCUUCCAGCAGCGCUCUGAGGCCCUGGGCUGUCUAGGGGACGACCGGGAGGACGAUACAGUCAAACGGCCGUCGUUUGGUUACGUCAUCACCUCUCCAGAGAAGAGGGAACCGUUUCCUCUGAUUCAACCAUCAGACUUCCUCUCUCAGGACAGCUCGGUCCACAACGACACCCUCACACACACUGACCACGACCGCACCAUGAACACAGAGGACUUGGACAAGACUGUGGAGGCAGAUUCAGACAGGGUGUCACCUACAGGAGAUGACGAGCCAGAGCCUUGUGAAUCAGCCUCUUCCCCCCUCCCUGAGGCCCUGCUCUCCCCCAGCCAGACCCUUCCCUCAGCCUCCCCCCUCCCUGAGGCCCUGCUCUCCCCCAGCCAGACCCUUCCCUCAGCCUCCCCCGGCAGCCUGGGCCCCAGCCCCGGCACAGACCAAUCUAACCUCAUGUUGUCUAUCAGCACCAUUGCCUCGGCCAUCGCAGAUGCCUCCAUCUCCUCCGAGCCCUCCCAGCUGGCUGCCAUGAUCAUGGAGCUGUCCAAGAGGAGUAGGGUACAGAGGCAACACCAGAAAGGUGUGCCGAGUCCACCGCCAGCCUCUGUCCUGGAAGAGCAAACACCCAGCCCUAACCAGGUUCAACUGGACCAGCCCAGCCCUAACCAGGUUCAACUGGACCAGAGAAUCCUGCUGGAGACUCUACAGAGGAGCCAGUGUGCCGGGGACCUGCUGGAGACUCUACAGAGGAGCCAGUGUGCCGGGGACCUGCUGGAGACUCUACAGAGGAGCCAGUGUGCCGGGGACCUGCUGGAGACUCUACAGAGGAGCCAGUGUGCCGGGGACCUGCUGGAGACUCUACAGAGGAGCCAGUGUGCCGGGGACCUGCUGGAGACUCUACAGAGGAGCCAGUGUGCCGGGGACCUGAGUGCCUUCGACGUUGAAAAGUACCUGAAGCAGACCGAGGUAUCCACCAGCAGCGACAGCGACCAGUCAGGCUCCUCCCACUACACCUUUGACUUCCUCAGCUGGGCCGACAGCGUCAACUCCGCCCACAGGAAGUCCCAGGCUGCGUCACUUGUUGUUACUGUGGAGAACGAGAGCUCAGGUUAUCAACACCAGGCUACCGAAUACCAGGCUAGCACCAAGGGAGAUAUCUCCUCUGGCGUAGAGGCUAAGGCAGGUUUGACACAAGGUUACCCUGCUGCUAUGACCCGUCCAGUCUCUGCUGGGCUACAUCCAGGUUCUGGUCAGAGUGGAGUAGGCCCAGCUAACAAGAUGGAGGUGAGGAGGAGUUCCAUCCCCCGUCCCAGGGCCAGUUCCAUCCCUACAGCCUCUGGUAAACCAGGGAGGAGGUCUGUGGGCUCUGGACAGUUCUCCUCAACCACCAUCUCCCCAGCCAAACCAGCUGCUAACAGGAAGGCUGUAGGGAAUAACAGUGAGCCCCAGCCAGCUGCUGUACUGAGCAGGAGCAACACAGAGAGUGGUGGGGCUGAACUAGGAGCAGUCCGUCCAACACCCAACAACACCCCAGCCCAGAAGGUAGAGGACCCCUCCGCAUCUCCUGCCCCAGGCCCUAAGACCUCCCCUGGUCUGAGGAAGGGUCUGUCAGGGCCACUGUCCCUCAAAGACAUCACAUCCCCCUCCCAGAUAACCAGGAGGAGCACAGUGAAGACCCACGCUACAGGGAGCAGUACAACCCAGCAGGAGAAACCCAGUGGCCUGGAGAAGAGUGUUGGAGAAGCUCCUCCCAACGCUGUGGCCAAACAUGUUGGUUUUACUUCCUCGUGUCACAGCCCCCAGCCUGCUGCUGGACACACAACGUACGAUGUGUCUCCAGGUACUCCUGUGCAUCAUGCCGGAGGACCAGAGCAGAGCCAGUGCACCUUCAGACCCUCCACCUCUCCUCUCACCCACUCCUCCCCCUCACAGACCUCCUUCCCCAGCCAAGAAGGGACUGUGUCGCCCCCCUCCCCCAGUGUAGGGGACAGGAGACGUCCCAGUGAUCUCACUCCUCCCCAGUCUGAGUGGAGCUGUUCUAGUCCCAGCCUCAGCAGACUGACAUACAUCUCCCUGAAUGACAGCACGGCUCUCAACACAACCGGCGUCCCAACUCCUGACAGACACAAGAGUCAUGGCACCAUGUCUCUGAGCACCACUAUCAUCAGGGCCAGUCCCACCCCGCCAGUAGAAGGGGCUGAUACCCAGAGUCCUACAGGUCAGGAGCUACCUCCUCACCGCUCUACAGAUGGCCUCUGUCCUCCUAGACAGUCCAAGAGCCCAGAGUCUCCUCACCACUCGAACGGUCCUCGUAGUGGCUCGGUAGACCUGCGGAGUGGUUCAGGUCUGGGCUUCACACGCAGCCAGAGUGAGUGUAACUAUCACUGUGGGAACAAUAGAGACUACAACCAGCAGAAACGCCACUCCGAACCCAACUCGCACCUUCUCACCAAGUUGGAUUCUGGCUACUCCAGCAACCUGAACAUCCAGCAGCCCAGCGGUAUGGGGGGCCAGGGGAACCAGCAGUGGUCUGGAGUCUCAGCCCAGGGGCGUGAGGUCUAUCCUGGGGCCAGGACGGUCUUCGGGCUGCCUUCCUCAGAGGACCUGUGCUACAUGCCCAUCUCCAGCUUCAAGCCCCAGGGCUCCAUGGUGGACCUGCCUCCAGGGGUCCCUAGCCUCCUGACGGGUCGCUCCCUCUUCAGUUCCCAGCUGGCACAGCAGAAACUGGGCUCGGAUGGAGCUCUUCACCCUGGUCUCCCUCUGCCUGCUCCCUACCACCACAUGACAGCAGCAGGGAACGGCCUGUAUGGUCACGCUAUGUCCUCACGGUUAGGACCCAACGUUGACCCCUCAGUCGGACACCUCCACAGCUCUGGGGGUCUGGGUGUCUCUGGGCCAGGUGGACCAGGAGGUCCCGGGGGUCUGUACCACUGCUCUAACCCCCACCUCAAACCCUUGGACGCAGGACUGAUGGAGGGGAACCCCUACAACCAGCACUGUGUAGCCUCGUGGUCUGACGGCAGCCUUCCUGAACCCACAGCCCAGGUCGUGAUCCCUGAGGAGCUGAGGUUCCCCCAUGCCUGCUGUGUGGGCAUCUCCUCUCAGACCUCACUGGGCAUCUUCAAUCCCUCCGAGCGCUGGCAGCAGGUCUCCAUCACCGUCACCAGUCUGGCCAUCAACGGAGAGAAGGUUGAUUCAUUCCCGUACCAGUGGCUGAUAGUGAAGAACAAGACCAUCAUUGGCCCUAAGAGCACGGAGGAGCAGAAGGUGUUGUUCAUCCCACCUCAGGCCGGGGUGUACCAAGCUGUCCUCAGUGUCUCCUCCUGGCCUGCCUCCGCUGAGGCCCAGGCUGUCGCCCGCGCCGAGGUGUUCGCCAAGAGGGUGGUCCUCGUCGCCAUGGCAGAGAACCCUGCUCUGGAGGUGGAUGUGGGGAAGUGUGGCAGUCUGGACUUCGGAGACCUGGCAGGUGGCAGUGCCAAAGCUCUCCCUCUGAAGCUGCUGAACAGGACUCAGGCCACCGUACCUAUUAGACUGGUUAUCAGUGCUAACGCCACAGCCUGGCGCUGCUUCACCUUCUCCAAGAGUCCCGUUGCCAUGACAGCUGAGGGCUUGCUGCAGGCGGGAACUCUGACAUCACUGGCCGCUCCGUCCGUCAUGAACCACGUGAUGCACGCCAGCUACGGAGAGAAUCCAGAGAGCUUCAUGGUUUGGGUCCACUUCCACGCUCCACAGAAGUACCAGUCCUGUUCAGGUGAUCUAGGUCCAGCGGAUGAGUACAGUGCGCGGGUGGACAUCGAGGUGGACUGUCCAGGCCCCAGUCAUGUGAUCAGGAGCGUCCCUCUCAGAGCCAGGUCUGGAACAGCCAGAGUACACGCCCCUAAAGACCUGCAGAAUGUUAACCUCUCGGCAGCGUUGGGUCAAUCCAGUACGCAGACUCUGCCUCUGAAGAAUGCAGGCAACAUUGAUGUUCAGCUGAAACUUAAGAACAGCGGUGGUGAUGGCUGUUUCUCUGUGAGUCCUGUUGACCUGUGUCUGCGUGCCGGGGAGGAGCAAGGCAUUGUGGUCUCGUUCAGCUCUCAGGGCGGCAGGAAGAACCGAGAGAGUGUUCUGACCAUCUUGGUGCUGCCGUCUGGUCCUCAGUAUGAGGUGGUUCUGAAGGGACAGGUGGUACCAGAGGAGGGGGUGAACCCUGCUGCCCCUGGUCCUGUCUCUGCCCUGGGUAUGCUGCCCCACAGUGAGGUGCCCCCCAUCCUCUCCAACAAGCAGUUUGUGGCCUGGGGAGGGGUCACGCUGGGCAGGGCUGUACAACAGAAGCUGGUUCUUCGUAAUAACUCCCCCAACACAACACAUCACCUGCGUCUGCUGAUCCGAGGACAAGACCACAGCUGUUUCCAGCUCCAGAGUAGUUUUGGACAGGAGGAGAGGUUGACCCGACACAGAGAGCUGUCUAUCCGGCCCAGGGAGGAUGUUGUUGUCCACCUGCUGUUUGCCCCAACCCGGGUGGCCUGCACCCUGUCCAAGCUGGAGAUCAAACAGUCUGGAGUACGGCCCUCACAGCCUGGCAUCAAGUUCACUAUCCCCCUAUCAGGCUAUGGAGGGACCAGUAACAUUAUUCUGGAAGAUCACAGGAAGCGUUCAGACAGCUACGUGGCUAUGCUAAUGGGGGUGGCAGCAGGCCAGGUCUCCAAGCUGUGUGUCUGUGUGAGAAACACUGGAUGCAGGGCUGCCUUCAUUAAGGCUGUUCCCUACUCUGACCUACACACACGCUCUGUCAUGGACUCCUCGGACAUCAGCCUCUCUCCGUCUCAGUUCGUCCUGAAGGAGAGGACACAGGAGGUGAUCACGGUUCUGAUGAAGGUGACCCAGAGAGAGCAGACUCUGUGUCAUUCAGCUAAUGCCGUCCUGUCCACAGUCUGUCUCUUCUGUGGAGACGAGGUCUCACGACAACAGUUCAGGAGGUUGCUGCUGUCAAAGCCUGAUGCAGGCAGGAAGAUUCUGUCAGAGAACAGUCUGCUGAAAGGACUCAACUUCAACGAGAGGUUCCUGGGGGAGGAGCAGGUCCUGGAGGCCUACGACCUGCCCCAGAGCCCCAACCAGGCCCAGUUGUUCUAUGGGAACCUGAGUAAGGUGGUGUUGUCAGUGCUGGGCAGCACAGAGACCUUGGACUCUGGAAGGACUGACCUCCAUGUCCAGCCCCCCCUAGCUGUCACCAGGAGAGGCUCGGAGGCUGACAGUGGUUUUGGGAACUCAGACCGUCACAUCAGCAACGUGUCUCUGGAUGUACUGCCUGUGAAGGGUCCUCAAGGCCCCGCGUUACCCAGGACAGAGGCCUCUGGGACGGGGACAGAACCAGGGGACCACAGGGACUCCUGGAGCCUCCAGCCUGAACAGCUGGUCCUCACCUCUCCCACUAUCAACGGAGCCUCCAACACCAGACAUGUCCUGAUCCAGAACCACUCAUCAUCCAGAGAGCUGAGCUUUGAGUUGUCCUGGCCAGCCCACUGUCUCACUGUUACCCCUCAACAUGGAGUCAUAGAACCACAGUGCCACCUCCAGAUCCUCAUCAGUCCUAAUCCGUCCCUAGCAACCAGGACAUCCAUGUUUCCAUGGAGUGGCCAAAUCUAUGUCCAGUGUGACAAUCAACAGAAGUUCAUCAAAGUCCAGAUCCGUCAGGACCUGGCUCUGGAUGUAUCAACGGCCCCAGCAGACCGGAGCCUAGCCCCCCUUCCUCCUCAGACUGCUAGCCCCAUGCCCACCACCAUGCUGCCCCCUGCAGGCCAACCCCCCCUGACCAGGACAGCUCCAGCCACGGUAGAGAUCAGUAACCGUACCAUCGUGUUUCCUGCCACGCCCUCAGGAGAAACCUCAGAGUCCUCUGUGGAGGUGGAGAACAGAGGAGAGCAGGUGAGGUGGUACCUGUCUUCCUUCGCCCCUCCCUAUGUAAAGGGGGUGGACAGCAGUGGGGAUGUGUACCGGGCCACCUACACAGCCUUCAGAUGUCCCAGAGUCUCUGGAACCCUGGGAGCAUACCACAAGAUGCAGGUGCCCAUCACCUUCCUGCCCAGGGACCGAGGGGACUAUGCUCAGUUCUGGGACCUGGAGUGUCACCCAGUGGCUGAGCCUCAGCACAAGACCAGGAUACGCUUCCAGCUCUGUGGCACUGGUGUGAAGGUUGGUCCAGCGGUGGCUCCUCAGGAAGCAGACUGUUCUCUGGUGAAGACUGAAGCCUUUAAGACCAGGAGAAGACCUGACCCGGUUGCUGAUGGUGGCAUGACUGGUCAGGAGGAGGCUCUGUGUAGGGGGGUAUACGCCCCCCAGGACCACUACUCAUUCCCCCCUACCAGGGUAGGGGAGACCAGCACACUGAAGGUCAACAUGAGAAACAACUCCUUGGAAACGCAUGCGCUGAUGUUCCUAACCCCUAAAGAGCCAUUCCACAUCAAGCAUUCCAAAUAUUCCCUAAGAUGCCAACGCUACAUCCACCUGCCAGUCCAGUUCAAGCCGGUUGUAACUGGCAACCACUCCAGCCUGCUGUUGGUUCAGACGGAUACCAGUGGAAACAUCGCUAUCCAGCUGACUGGUGAGGCCCUGCCCUGACUGACCAAGAGGACUGCUGCUCUGGGUCAGUGAGGACUGCUGCUCUGGGUCAGUGAGGACUGCUGCUCUGGGUCAGUGAGGACUGCUGCUCUGGGUCAGUGAGGACUGCUGCUCUGGGUCAGUGAGGACUGCUGGGUCACUGCAUCUGUAGUGUGGCCUGUACUGGAGCACUGAUGGUCAUAUGGAAGAAUGAACUAUGAAGCCUUUGUCCAAUAUGGCACCCUAAUCCCUAGAUAGUGCACUGCUUCAGGCCCGGCAACGUCCCAACGUCUCAUUGGUUCCACUCCUGGCAACUUCCCAACGUCUCAUUGGUUCCACUCCUGGCAACGUCCCAACGUCUCAUUGGUACCACUCCUGGCAACGUCCCAACGUCUCAUUGGUACCACUCCUGGCAACGUCACAACGUCUCAUUGGUUCCACUCCUGGCAACGUCACAACGUCUCAUUGGUUCCACUCCUGGCAACGUCACAACGUCUCAUUGGUUCCACUCCUGGCAACGUCACAACGUCUCAUUCAUAUAUCCUAUCCUCUGGGGGUCUGCAUAGAGCUAGCAGACUACAGCUCUAUAUCCUAUCCUCUGGGGGUCUGAAUGGAGCAGACUACAGCUCUAUAGCCUAUCCUCUGGGGGUCUGCAUAGAGCUAGCAGACUACAGCUCUAUAUCCUAUCCUCUGGGGGUCUGCAUAGAGCUAGCAGACUACAGCUCUAUAUCCUAUUCUCUCUGGGGGUCUGCAUGGAGCUAGCAGACUACAGCUCUAUAUCCUAUCCUCUGGGGGUCUGCAUAGAGCUAGCAGACUACAGCUCUAAAGCCUAUCCUCUGGGGGUCUGCAUAGAGCUAGCAGACUACAGCUCUAAAGCCUAUCCUCUGGGGGUCUGAAUGGAGCAGACUACAGCUCUAUAGCCUAUCCUCUGGGGGUCUGCAUAGAGCUAGCAGACUACAGCUCUAUAUCCUAUCCUCUGGGGGUCUGCAUAGAGCUAGCAGACUACAGCUCUAAAGCCUAUCCUCUGGGGGUCUGCAUAGAGCUAGCAGACUACAGCUCUAUAUCCUAUUCUCUGGGAGUCUGCAUGGAGCAGACUACAGCUCUAUAUCGUCUCCUCUGGGGGUCUGCAAAGAGCUAGCAGAUGACAGCUCUAAAGCCUAUCCUCUGGGGGUCUGCAUGGAGCAGACUACAGCUCUAUAUCGUCUCCUCUGGGGGUCCGCAAAGAGCUAGCAGAUGACAGCUCUAUAUCCUAUUCUCUGGGGGUUUGCAUGGAGCAGACUACAGCUCUAUAUCCUAUUCUCUGGGGGUCUGCAUAGAGCUAGCAGACUACAGCUCUAUAUAUCCUAUUCUCUGGGGGUCUGCAUAGAGCUAGCAGACUACAGCUCUAUAUAUCCUAUCCUCUGGGGGUCUGCAUGGAGCUAGCAGACUACAGCUCUAAAGCCUAUCCUCUGGGGGUCUGCAUAGAGCUAGCAGACUACAGCUCUAUAGCCUAUCCUCUGGGGGUCUGCAUAGAGCUAGCAGACUACAGCUCUAUAACCUAUCCUCUAGGGGUUGACAUGGAGCAGACUACAGCUCUAUAGCCUAUCCUCUGGGGGUCUGCAUAGAGCUAGCAGACUACAGCUCUAUAACCUAUCCUCUGGGGGUUGACAUGCAGCAGACUACAGCUCUAAAGCCUAUCCUCUGGGGGUCUGCAUAGAGCUAGCAGACUACAGCUCUAUCCUAUCCUCUGGGAGUCUGCAUAGAGCAGACUACAGCUCUAUAACCUAUCCUCUGGGGGUUGACAUGGAGCAGACUACAGCUCUAUAACCUAUCCUCUGGGGGUUGACAUGGAGCAGACUCCAGCUCUAUAUCCUUUCCUCUGGGGGUUGACAUGGAGCAGACUACAGCUCUAUAUCCUAUCCUCUGGGGGUCUGCGUAGAGCUAGCAGACUAGAAACAUUUGACUGAAUUUGAUGCCCAGUACAACUUGAAGAGAGUUGGCAUGGCUGAUGUCAUGUGACAGGGUUUAUAUGGGGUUUUGGUCAGUUGACCUACUGAUGAACUCAAGAGUAAUCUCCGUGCUGGGCCAGGAGGAGGUUUUCCACCAUCAACUCAAUCAUUGUUCCCUACUUUGGUUUUCUAUUAGAAAUGGCACAUGCUUUAAAAAAGCACAUGGUUUAUAUUAUAUGUUGUUGUGAUUGUAAAUGAACCUGAUCAAAUAAAGAUUUGUCAAACA